GUCCCUCUCACACCAAGGGGAAAUGCCAUGUGAAGGUCAGGAUCCCCCUAUAGAUGCACCUCUUCCAGAUGUACAUAUUUGUUUUUUCCGGCAAGUUCUCCUUUCCCUCCCUCCUCGUCUGCGGACUUCGACAGAGACUUCUCCUCCUUCCAUCCCCCGGAGAGGGAAAAACACUCAACUUCACCAAGGCGGAGACGCGCCUCGGUGCUGCGAGAUCCUCGGCGAGGGGAGAGCGGCGCUCGGCCCGCCCGGUGAGCGCCCUCCGCCCCGCCGCCGCCGCCGCUUAUGCAACACAUCAUCGAAAACCACCCGGACAUGGCCACGGCGUUGCUGGCGGGCGAGAAACUCAAGGAGCUGAUCCUGCCCGGGCAGCAGGACGAGAAGGCGGGCUCGCUGGCGGCGCUGCUCUUGCAGCUCAAGCUCGAGCUGCCCUUCGACCGCGUGGUGACCAUCGGCACCGUCCUGAUCCCCAUCCUCCUGGUCACGCUGGUCUUCACCAAGAACUUUGCCGAAAGAAGAGGAUCCAUGCCAUUAUUUAUUUAUUUUGCUUAAGCCUAUUCACAGGAAGGAAGAAUACCUUCUUUUUAUUCAAGGAGCCAAUAUACUGUUACACACCACACAACUUCACCCGUGACCAAGCCUUGUAUGCCCGAGGAUACUGUUGGACAGAACUAAGAGAUGCCUUGCCAGGAGUCAAUGCCAGCCAUUGGCCUUCCUUGUUUGAGCAUAAGUUCCUUCCAUAUGCCCUGCUGGCUUUUGCUGGCAUUAUGUACAUUCCAGCGCUUGGCUGGGAAUUCCUGGCCUCCACCAGGCUGACUUCUGAACUUAACUUUUUGCUCCAGGAGAUAGAUAACUGCUACCACCGAGCAGCUGAAGGUCGUGCACCAAAAAUUGAAAAACAAAUCCAGUCCAAAGGCCCUGGGAUUACCGAACGAGAGAAGAGAGAGAUUAUUGAGAAUGCAGAAAAGGAAAAAAGCCCUGAGCAAAAUUUAUUUGAAAAAUACCUGGAACGGAGAGGACGCAGCAAUUUCUUAGCCAAACUUUAUCUUGCACGGCAUUUAUUUAUCAUAUUUUUAAGCAUCAUCCCAAUCACAUACUUGUCUACAUACUACGCUACCCAGAAACAAAACGAGUUUACGUGCGCUCUUGGGGAACCACCAGAUAAAACCAGCAAUUCUAAGUUGCUCAUUCGUGUCAACUGCAAACUGCCCUCAGUUCAGCUACAGCGCAUCAUUGCUGGGGUGGACAUCGUCCUCCUCUGCUUCAUGAAUUUGAUCAUCCUCAUCAAUUUAAUUCAUCUUUUCAUCGUCCGCAAAUCAAACUUCAUUUUUGACAAACUGAACAAGGUUGGUAUAAAGACUAAAAAGCAAUGGCAGAAAUCCCAGUUCUGUGACAUCAAUAUCUUGGCUAUGUUUUGCAAUGAAAAUCGGGACCACAUCAAGUCACUGAAUCGCUUGGAUUUUAUCACCAAUGAAAGCGACCUGAUGUAUGAUAACGUCGUGCGCCAGCUACUUGCUGCACUUGCCCAGUCAAACCAUGAUGUCACGCCAACUGUACGUGAUUCUGGGAUUCAAACCAUAGAUCCCAGCAUUGAUCCUGCAGACAUUGACCCUAGUGAGCCACUGAUUAUUAAGCGACCUCGGAAGAAAAUGAAAUGGAUCCCAAGUACCAAUCCUCUUCCUCAACCAUUCAAGGAGCAGCUAGCUAUUAUGAAGGUGGAGAACAGUAAGCCUGAGAAGCCCAAGCCGGUGCGUCGGAAGACAGCAACAGACAGUCUGAUUGCCCCUUUGCUCGAAUCCAACUCAAAAAACCCUCAGCCCUCUUCAUCCCAGAAAACGGAAUCCAGCAGCCUCUGUAGCACAGGUAGUGAGAAAAAGCAUACACGGCACUUUUCUUUAGAUGUUCAUCCCUAUAUACUUAGUAGUAAGAAACCUAAGCCAGAAAUUCAACCAAUUACCUCUAUGGCAACAUCCAAAAGCCAAGGGAGUGGAUUUUUAAGCCAAGAAGAAAAGGUCAUAGUGCGUGUCACAUCUUCUUUCCAAGAUCCUUCUGGUACUGGCAAAGAUACUCUUUAUUCACAUGAUACCUGCAGGACUGUGCCUGCCACUGGGGUUUUUCUCACUUGUAAUCACAACCAUAUAGCAACUUCUGGUGCUGCCACAAAAGUUACUCUACCCCAGGUCAGCAUGGCAGAGCCAGUGCCUACACUAAACUGCAACUCCACACAUCCUCUUCUGCAUAUUAAUACACUGUACGAAGAUAAUGAAGAAGAGGUGUUGGACCUUAUAGAUAGUUCCAGUUUAGACAAUACAGUUCACUCACCAACUGAAGCAGGAGACAUCAUCUCCAUGCCUUCCACAAAGCAAAUCAUGCUGGCAACCUUCGACGAACCGUUGGCAAUAGUGAACUCUGUAGAAUAUUGACAAGCCAGAGUUGAUGCGGAUCAAAGCUUGAAAAUGACCCACCUUCCAGGACCACUGUAAUGUGAACCAUUCUGCCCCACGGAUACCCCACUCCCCCACCCCCACUGCAUGACCCUGGAGUGUUGAAACACGGCCCACAGGUUUCACUAAUACUCCAAAUCGGUUGUUCAGGGUAGUGUCAUCACCGCUAUCAGUAGCUUGCAGAAUAUGAUAACAACAGUAAAGACUGCCAACCAAGUUAUUCUGUGCUUGGAAUACCAAGAAGCAAAGCACAAAAGCAUUAGUUGUAGCUUCAUGAACUCGGUGUGGAUUACUUACAACUGUCUAAACAUUUUAAAGUACUUGAGCGCAUGUUGCACACUUGAACAAAGCACUUAUAGCCUUGGUACUCCAGCUCAUUAUAGAAGGUUAUGAAGCACAUGACCAUGUACAGUAUUUAUUCUUCCAUCUUAAAAGGAGUAAAAUGUGUUUUGUCUCCACAGUUUAAAUUUUUUUAAAAAUCACACAGUUGUCAUGGUAAGCUUAUUUAUUUGGUUCACGGGUAUUGGGCUUGCCAGCCAUUUAAGGGCCAACUGGACUCAUACCAGCAUCCAUGUCAAGAGAAUGGAAACCUGUCCACCCGCUGCAUUUAUGGAUAAGGAAGUCAAGAGCUACGCCCUGCCCUUCAAAAUGUUUAUAUGUGCUGUGAGAAAGAAAAGGAAGAGUUUAUUUUUUAAAACGUCUAUUUUAUUGUGAACAAGAGAGUUUGUUGAAUCAGAAGUUCUUUUUUAGUAGAAUACUAGAGAGAGGUUUGCCUUAUACCUCUAUUUUUGUUAAUCGGGUGGUGUCUGCAGACAAAGUUAGGAACUUGUUAAGACUUGCCUCACUGAUGUGAAGAAUUAUCAGUGCUGCUAAAAAUAUUGAACAUGAGUUAAUUGUUUAAUGUGCUGAAGUUUCAAAGGAUUGUACUUGAGUUUUUACCCCCAGGAUUUGUCUAUGCUAUAGCUUACCACAGGUGAAAAACAUACAGUGCUGAUUCAUCCAGCUUAUUAAUACUUCUGCAUCAGAAUAUUGGCUUCUGAAAAACAGCUAAAUUAAAUAUGCAGAGUAGAGUUGAGCUAAACUUUAUUCAAAUAUAAUUUCCCGAGAAAAAGUGUUACCUUCUUAUAUGUCUAGAAAAACAAGUCAAUUUUGCAGAAUUUUCUUCAGAUAUAUUCCGUACUCUAUUUCUGUGGUAGCUGCUAUGGUUUUCUGAAGAUGAGAGAAGUUACUCUUAUAGAGUACAACUCCCAGAAGGAGUUUUUCUGCUGUUUUAUUUCCACAGUGCCCCAGAAUACAUAGCCUGGCUGUUCUCGUGCAAGGCACAGUGGGAAA